CCAGGGAAACAGCCGUUGGAUUUGUGGCGCCAGCUCAGAUGUCUGAGAAGAAAAAGAAUGAAGACAAUGGGACAAGCAGUUCGCUAAGUAAAGCAAGCAAAGAUACUUCCUAUAAGCGGCAAAACAAAGAUGGUGCCAGGGAUUCUUUGCAAAUGAUGACAAAACCAAAGCAGAACCAACUUCCUCUUGUAACUGACUCAGAAGUGGCUUUGGUCAAUGCAUAUCUUGAACAAAGACGAGCGAGGCACCAUUCUGAAUUCAGCCGGGUGAAUCAGACACAACCUGACAGUGAUACUACUGAGUGUGAGAGUGAAGUAUCUAACUCGGGAGCCUCCUCUUGGAAGGAGAGUGAAAGUGAACACCACCAAUCACCAGCCAGUAUUAAGAAGAGAAAAAUAGCUCAGAGGCAAAGGAAUAUGGGAGGUUGCCAAAUCAGGGAAAGGCCCUGCCUCCACUGCAAAGCCAUGAGAACCAAUGAAUGGCUGACCUGCCAUUUCCUUCAAAACGCUUCAGUAACAACCCCAAUGCAGGGAGGUAUUCAAGAAUGAAAUUCUGGACCUGGUAUUAACAUAAAAUUCAGUAAAUUUUGAAUUUUAUCUAGUCCUUACCUUACUUGAAGCCAAAUGAAAGAGAUGAAUAAAACACAAAAAAUGACCAGAGCUCUAGGUGAGGAGGCUUUUACAAUAAAGUCUCUCUACUAACAACAAAAACAUUCUUGGAAU